CGCGCGAGUGCUUGCGAGCGAGUGCGCGGGUGCGGGUUUAUGUGCGGGGCGCCACGUCGGCAGAAGUGCAGAAGACGCGAGGAAGAGGAGGAAAAAGGAGGAGAGGAAGAGGAAGAGCGGCUGUUUGUGCGUGGCGCAGCCAGCGAAGCGGAGCCGACUUGCGGAGAGAGAAGACGCCGCGCGCGCCACGUGGAUGAGCUCCGGAGAGGCCCGAGGAGCAGCAGCAGCAGCUUAAAGCAGGCCGGCCACGGUGAGCCGCCUCCGGCUUGGAGCUGGUCGUUCGUCCCGCGGCUGGAGCGUCGGAGACAGUUGCAAGUUUGUGCUGCGACAGACCCAAAAUGGUCAAGAAUGUGAAUAACGCCAACGUGGAGCCCCAGCCCAGGACCGGCCUGGCCUCGGAUCAGAUGGAGCCCGGCUGCAGUGAGCCCGCACAGGAUUCACCCAAGGACCACGCGGCGGCGCAGCCCGGCAUGGUGUGGCGGGUCACCGGGGGCCUUUUCAACGUCACCAAGGGCGUGGUGGGCGCGGCCGUGGGCGGCGUGGCCUGGGUGGGCGGCAAGAGCCUGGAGAUCACCAAGUCGGCCGUGAGCGCCGUGCCCGCCGCCGGCGCGGGCCUCGUGAAGGGCGGCGUCUCGGCCGUGGCGGGCGGCGUGUCCUCGGUGGGGUCCACGGUUGCCAAUAAGGUGCCCUUCACCGCAAAGAGGAAGGACAAGGCGGAGUGAGCGGCGGCCCCCGAUGAAAACUUUCCCAAGGGGGGGGUCCAGGUGGUGCGUCUUCCUUUCCCACGCAUCAGAUGAUCAAUCCGCAAAACGUGUACCAAUCGUGAACUUGGCGCCAGGUGGCUCACACAGACGGAGAAACCGCAAGCGGGCGGCUGUGUCCAUCCAAUUGGCGCUUUUUCAAAGCGGACCGUUCUGCGACGUCCACGCACAAUCAAAAAUUUUGUUUUUUGUAUUUCCCCCUCCCACUUUUUUUUUUUUUGUUUUAUUUGCUUUGUCAGGUUCAAGUCAUUUUCAAUUUCACGCUAAAGAACAACCUCAUAUUAGAACGACCGAGGACUAUUUGGGCCACACUGACCAGGAAAUAGAUGCAAGUACGAAUAGUCAGUAAGAGGAAUAUUUGUCUGCGUGUUGGGUGGGACUUCCUAAACGUCUUGAAAAAUGCAAUUAAAAUUUUAAGUUCAACUUGUCUAAAAAAAAAAAAAAAAAGACCAUUUAGAUUCUGAUAUUAUGCUGUUUUUUUUUUUUCUUUUUACUGUAGGCCUUUAUACUUCUGUGGUUUAACAAAAAAUGUAUAUGAAGCUGUACACUCACAAGAAAUUGACAUUUCCGGAGGGUUAGGUUUUUUUUUUUUUUUUCAUUUUUUUGUUUUUGUUUUCCUCAUUAGAUAUUUUUUUUAAAAAAAGGAGAGAAAUCACAGUGCCUGACCAGUCAUUUGACAAGCUGAAGCAUUUCAAGGCGACGGCGGUGCGACGCUGGGAGCGAGCUGGCUGGAGUUGUUGCCCUCGAAGGGGGCUCGAGUGUGUCAAUUUGUGAAAGUGUUUUUUUUUCUUUCUCCAAUAUAUCAAUAAAGUAGUUUUGAAA